GCCGCGGCUCCCCUGAGGCCCCGGCGGGGCUCCGGGAGCAUCGCGCGGGGGGCACGGCUGUUCGGGAGUGCAAGGAAGAGCAGGAGUGUCCAGAGCGGCUUCGGCGGAGCUGCGCACGGAGCUGAGGAGGGGGCUCCGGAGCGGGGCUGGGGCGGGGGGGCGGCUGGCGCAGGCGGCCCCCGGGGUGGGGGGCGGGGUGGGCGCCGCCGCCGCGAUGCUGGGUGUCGUGGAGCUACUGCUGCUCGGGGCGGUGUGGCUGGCGGGCCCGGCUCGGGGGCAGAAUGAGACGGAACCCAUCGUGCUGGAGGGCAAGUGCCUGGUGGUGUGCGACUCCAACCCCACGUCCGACCCCACGGGCACAGCGCUGGGCAUCUCUGUGCGCUCCGGCAGCGCCAAGGUGGCCUUUUCUGCCAUCAGAAGCACCAACCACGAGCCCUCCGAGAUGAGUAAUCGCACCAUGAUCAUCUACUUCGACCAGGUACUAGUGAACAUCGGGAACAACUUUGAUUCAGAACGCAGCACUUUCAUCGCCCCGCGCAAAGGGAUCUACAGUUUUAACUUCCACGUGGUGAGCCUGAUGUUAAACGGGUGGCCGGUGAUUUCAGCUUUCGCCGGUGACCAGGACGUGACCCGGGAGGCCGCCAGCAACGGAGUCCUCAUCCAGAUGGAGAAAGGCGACCGGGCCUACCUCAAGCUGGAGCGGGGCAACCUGAUGGGCGGCUGGAAGUACUCGACCUUCUCCGGGUUCCUGGUGUUUCCCCUCUGACGGCCUCGUCUCCGGAGCAGGAGGCCGGGAGCGGGCGAGGCAGGAGGAGAGGGGGGAUGAGCAGGAGGCCGACGCGUAAAGGACUCGAAACUCCCCCCGCACUUAACGCAACUGUAUCCUGCGAAAGGCGCGCGCAGGCGGCCGCGGAGGCGGUGGGACGACUGUGUCCGGUUACUCAUUUGGAUAAGUAGAUCCCAGCUAGCUCUGCGCACUCCCCUUUCCAAAAAUAGGCUGCCUCCCCCUUCCAGUUGCAGUGUCCGAGGAAGAGAGAGACCGCCUCAUCGGUCCUCACCGCCCCCCUGUCCCCGUUCCCCACGAGUUACCGAAAAGAAACUUUGUAUUUCACUGUAGAACGGGAAAUGCCUUCCCUCCCGGGUCCCCUGCUGAAAUCCAAUGCGCCCCUCCCCCGUCUUAGCCGCAGGGGGGUAAGUUUGUAUUUUCGUUUCUUGAUGGAGGCGGCGGUUUUUCAUUUGGCGAGUCCUGCUCUACUCACAACACCGCUCAAGAGUCCAUUAGCUGAAGAUUCUUCGUCCUCGGCUGCUGCUUAGCAGAGGAAGGACUCACCUGGGUGGUGACUGGUUUAAAAAUAUAUAUAUAAAUAUAUAUAUCAUUUGUACACGAAGGACUUCCCAGUGGACCGGCCGUGCUUCCGUAUUUCUAUGUCCCCAUUCGGAGUGACCGUGAAACCCAAGGCUGCUUCAUAGUCUGGCGCUUGUCGACCCCCUCGUGUUCUGUGGCUCCAACUAACCACCGCCGGGGGGUUCCUCCGGGCCCUUCGGCGGCCGUCCUCUGUAACAUACGUGUGAAUAGCCAGGAGUUCAAUUUGCUUUCAUCCAAUAAAGUUGAAGUGGGACUUUU